AUGGGUGCAUCCAUCAAAAAUCUUGAGGUUCAGAUGAGUCAGAUAGCACAACAACUCGCCAAUGCUCAACCACAAGGUGCCUUACCUAGUGGAACUAUUACAAACCCAAGGGAGCAUCAGAAUGUGAAUGUCAUCUCAACAAGAAGUUUGAGGAGAUCAAAACCAGAAGAAAAAAAUGAAACCGAGUAUGAUGAUAUCAUCGAAGUAGAUCUUGAAGUGCGUGAAAAUAAGAAAGUGCUAGAGGAGGUGAUACAACCUGUGAAGCCAACUGAAGAGAAAAGAGAAAAAGAGCUGACACCAUUGAUUAAGUUGUCGUAUCCUUCUCGAGUAGCAAAGAAGGACCAAAAAGAGCAAGACUUUGAGAAUUUUGCCACAUACUUCAAAAAGUUAGAGAGCAAUAUUCCAUUCUUUGAUGCACUCGAGAAAAUGCCAAUGUACAGGAAGUUCAUGAAGGAAGUGAUAUCUAAAAAGAAACCAACAAGGGGUGAAGGGGUAGUUAAGAAGGAGAAAUGUUGUGCAAUCUCACCAGAGAAGAGAAUACCAAUCAAGCAAAAAGAUCCUGGAUCAGCUGCAAUACCGUGCACGAUAAAAAACAGAACUUUCAUGAAGGUUCUAAUUGAUUCGGGUGCUAGUGUGAGCUUAAUGCCGUUAUCUACCUUCAAAAAGCUCGGUAUUGAAAAGUGUUUUAGAGUCAAAUUGACCGUCGAUUCGCAGCUACUGGUGGCCGGAGCAAUCUCCACCAUUGUUAGGGCAAGAGUUCUCUCUUCCUUCGUGUUCAUGCUUGAAGGUACAAACAGUGUGUCUCUUGCGAAACGAGAACCGAGUUGA